AUGUCUUCGUGUUAUAGCGGUUUUGAAGAUCGUUCUUUUGAUUUUCCCGAAGAUGAUGAUAACUCUUCAUUCGAUAGUGGUUAUGAAAAAAGUUUUGAAACCGCCAAUGAGUGUCAUUUAAAACCACGUAAAUUAGUGUUUGAUAAUUGUGGAGAUUUUUAUAAUAAUGCACCGGUUCAGGGAGAUUUUAAUGGACAUUUACCUAACGGCUAUAACAGCUUACCCAUGGAGCAUUCUUUGAUACCAGGAUUAUUUGAUACCGGCAGUAAUCACAGCUCACGCAGUGGACGUACGCUUGUAGAACACAUUAUCAGCAAGGCACCACCAGAUGAUCUAGAGUUCUCACCGAAGCUGGGAGAUCAAACAUCUACGCCGAGUAAAAAAUCUUCGGGUGAGAGUGGUGAUGAUCAACCAACUGAACCAAGACCAAAACGUAAAUAUGCCGUCGGCAAAAAUCGCAUGACUCGUUCGCGCAGUCCCACACAGGUGGUGCGCAUUAAGAAAUUUCGCCGCAUUAAGGCCAAUGAUCGCGAACGUAAUCGCAUGCAUACGCUGAAUGAUGCCUUAGAACGUUUGCGUGUUACUUUGCCACAAUUGCCGGAGGAAACGAAAUUGACUAAAAUAGAGAUUUUACGUUUUGCGCACAAUUACAUAUUUGCCUUGGAACAGGUUUUGGAAAGUGGUGGCACUUUGAAUUUGGAUUUAGAGAAAUUACAGAAUUUUACUUUGAGCGGCGAGAGAAUAACUAAGGAACUAUUCGAUGCCAUAUUUGUUAACCCACAACAGUAUCCUAUGAUGGCGGGAGGAGGUUAUAUGGGUUUUGGUAGAAUGCCUUAUCCUCCUCAUAUGCCCUUUAACCAAACAACAGGUUUAGGAGCUGCAGGCAGUACAUAUCAACCGAACUUUAAUAGGCAGCCUAAUGUAACACCUAACACCCACUCUCCAGCAAAUCCGGGCUUUACACAACAAGAUUUCUUAAGUAGCAUGCGUCACUAUAGCAGUCAACAAUGCCACCAGCCUGAACGUCGAAUGGAUACAAAUUUCUCACAAGAAAAAUAUGAUCUCUUUAAGGGCACAUUUGAAGCAGCUGCUGAUAUUAAACCUACAAUCAGUACAGGGACACCCACUACCAAUACAAUGGGCUAUGCGUCAAUGAAUGCGGGCUAUAAUGAUGUUACAUCUGCAUCAUCCGCACAUAUCACUGCCAGCACUCAUUUACCCUCACAUACAACAGCUGCAACAGCUUCAAAUGGAUCUCCAGCAGAGUUACAAUAUCACCAGCAUCAUCAUCAUCAUAAUAGUAGUUUUUAUACACAAACUCCUCCAUGGAAGGAUUUCAAUGAACAGGUGAUUAAUGUAGGUCCAUCUAAAGGUCAUGCUCAAUAUGGAGCUGUAUAG